AAUUAGCCAAUUAAAUGAUCAGAUUUCCCUCAAUGUACGUAUAUUAUCUUGCAGAUGUGUUCCGGACGACAAGCGUGCCUUUGCAAUGGGAAUGCAAUAUGUAUUCCUGAAAACAAUCGGUUUAAUCCCAGGUCCAAUAAUCCUUGGUCAUCUACUAGAUCUAUCUUGUCAACUCUGGCAAGACAUCUGUGGGCAGAAAGGAAGAUGUUUUGUCUACGAUGUUGAUUUGGUCAGUAGAAAUAUUUGCAUAUUUGGAGCAGUCAUUACGGGUAAGAAACACAGAUUUAAAGCUCUCUUUGCAAAGGCAAUGCGGACGGACGCCUCUCUAAAAAGCGGACAGCGCAUAGCCGCAUGUUCGAAUAUCAGCAAUUUCGGCAUCCCACUCGGCGGUCUAAACUAAUUGUUAUAACUAAUUGUUAUUGUUAUUGUUAUUGUUAUGCCCUCCCCUAAGCAGGAAGUGGCCCUGCGAUUCCGUCGUAGCGCUCUAACCAACUGAGCUACAGAGGCGCAUUGGUCGAGCUCUAACCAUUAGUUCUUGUUCUCAAGCGAAAGCAUCAAAAUAUGUUAACACGAUGCUCAAUAAAAAAAUUCAGUGUAAAAAUUGUUUAGAGAAUAAAUUUAAUGUUUCUUAAUAAAAUAGGAAAAGCUUAAACUAAAAUUAGAAUAACAAAGCCGAAAGUAUCGGUUUCGACCACCUAUUUUUUAUCAAUGUAGAAUUCCUUAGACAUUAGGUAGGUCUAGCUGUCAGUGCGGUGAUUACUGCUACGUACCCCCGAGAAUACUUUAAAGAUGACGUCCUUUAGAUGUAAGACUUUCUUGAAAAAAUCUAUUUUUUCCAAAAAUUAGAAAAUAUAGUCUCCCCUUGAUUAUAAAAAAACCAUACAUAUCAUUAUUUUUAUUGCGCACAAUUCUUUGGAAAACACUGGAAUACUUAUAUAUAUAGAUUAAUUUAAUAAAAAAAUUAUCACAACAAAUGUCAUCACUGCACAUUUUUACUGUUCAUCACUACGCACUUUCACUUUAUCGCCGCACAAAUUGGUUAUCACUGCACACUAAAAUUAGAUAUGGAUGAAUUAAUUUUCAAAUCACUUCCAGAGGGAAGUGAUUUUUAGUCGGUGUCACGCACCGGAUUGCCAUGGUAUCGCGUAACCAAAACGCAUAUCUGAUAUGCAGGGGCGUAGGAAGCUUCUAAAAGUUGGGGGGGGGGGUUUGAGGGGCACUUUUCGAAAAAAUAGGCGUCUAAAAAUUUUUUCCUGGAAAUGUUGGCGACGGGGGGAGGGAGAUCAUCUCAAAAAAAUAUUUCGGACAUAGCCAAAAAAAAUUUCCGGUUAUACCACAUAAGGCAAUCUUAAUGAAAAUUUUCACGCAAAAAAAGGGCACUUUGCUCCCGGAAAAAGGGCACUUGGCAAAACUGGCCCCCCCUUCUGCUCCCCCCCCCCCCCCCGCGGUUCCUACGCCCCUGCUGAUAUGGAAAGUAAAGGCUGCUUUUUGUACGUGCGUACAGGAACGUUUAAAUCCAUUUACUAAAUUUUUUUAUGAAAUAACUAAAUAAAUAAAAGGACAGUACUGUAUUUCAAUAAAACACAAAAACAGUAGACACUGCGAAAAUUGUAAACAUUUUUAUUCUUUACGUUUCGACUAUAACUUCAGUCAUCUUCAGAAGAAUGCUACGUAUUCUGAAAAGGCCACUAUUUAUAAGCUAGAUACUUGCGCGCUCAAAGUUUAAUAACGUCACAUGUAUAAUUAAACUAAUGGAAAAUUGUUAAUUCUUCUACAACGCACGUGCGCCAUAUUUAUAAAUGCUGGAUUACGAUGGAUAUGAAAAGCCUCUUUAAAAAACAAUCGAUCAAUAGACAACUCGCAUGUUAGACUAAUUUUUUAUUUAGGCAAAAAAAGUAAAUUCCCGUAAAGAACUUAUUAAAAUCAGUAAAAUUGCAAAAUUUGAUUACGAAAUGUUGUAAAAUACAGAAAAUAUAGCCUUGCGAAGUUUGCAUAUGUUCAGUAUAUUUGUAUUACGUGCGGAAAUACCAUUUUUGAGCCGAAAAUGGUAACAAUUUCCGCACGUAAUACAAAUAUACUGAAAAUAUGCAAAUUUCGCAAGGCUAUAUUUUCUGUAUUUUACAACAUUUCGCAACUAAAUUUUGCAAUUUUACUAAUUUCAUUAUGUUCUUUUUAACUGUUGUGUUUUAUUCCCUUCUCUUUACUUAGAUUAAAAUUUAGUCUAACAUGCAAGUUGUCCAUUGAUCGAUCAAUUACUUUACAAUUACUAUAUAUUAAAUCUACCAAACUUGGGGAAUAAUAAUUACAAUCUAGUAAAUUAGCUGAAAAAUUUAACAGAUUACGAAAAAUCUAAAAUUCAUACACAAUUAUGUAUAUGUUAAACAUUUCGGACUUAUCAAACUUAGCAUUUAUACACACAGUAUUUUGUUCUGUGUGUGUGAUUUAAUUAUCCUUGCUCACGAUGGCGAAUAUCCGCCAUUUUUGGUUGGCAUCUAAUUCUCGUUAACCAUUAAAACAAUGUGAAAAGCAAUUUUCAACCAUUUACAAAGCAAAUUUACCAUUCGUCCAAAAAAUUAUAAAAAGUCGCUGUUAUGUGUACUUAUAUUUCACAGACUGCGGCUGAAAAUCCACCCAAAAAUAGCGGCGUGAGAAAGGCUAAUUAAUGCGGUGUAUUUGUUGAGGUAUAAUUAGUAACUAUACAACAUAUAGAACUGAUCCAAACACGCACUUAUCAAAAACGCUUAACCUUAAUCCGCUAUACGAUUUGUUAUCGUGCAAUUGCAUGGGGCCUAAUUUAUGUAAAUUUUCCAAAUUCUUCAUGGUCACGAUUUGCAUUGUGUUUUGUUCUUAUGAACGUUUAAUAAAAAUUACUAUUUUCUUUUAUUUAAGGUUUCUCAGUUGUGUUGUUUGCCCUUUCCUGGUUCUUGCACCAGCCUGAAGAAACAUCGGAUGUUACUCUUUUAGAAGGCAGGAAUGUCGAUGGUAUUUCAAGUUUUGAAACUGUCCUGUAACUUAAUAUUCUGUGAAACUUUAUUUUAUGGCAACACAAGGCAAAUAAAAUGCGAGAUUUAGGGCUGAAUGUAGGCCCUGAAGCAAACAUAAGCUAAUUGGUGUAAAACGUUCAGAUCGUCAGUGGUUUAGACUCUCGACGACCCCUUAAAAUCUGAAUAAAACCAAUGUAGGGGGAAACAUCGAUCCCGAAUUUUUAUUCUUAUCUUCAAGUUCCACUACUUGCACGUGUGUAUGUAAGCAAA